AUGGAAAAUACUGGCAAAAAGCCGCCUGGAAAUCAUGUAUCAGUGCUUUAUAUCUAUCAGAACCUUCUUAUGUUUGAGGAAUCAUUGAGACAAGAGUAUAUUUCUCUUUAUCUUCGCCGGCGCAAAUAUUCUAUGUUUUUAACAGGGCUUUUAACAUGGAAUACGUAUUUCUUUUAUGGUUCAUUGAUCAAUCCAUCUAAUUAUUAUUAUGUUUCUUUACUUUACCGAUUGUGUCUUUUGGCAGGGAUUAUAACGUUUUUGUUGUUCUAUUUAUCAGGACUUUAUAGCCGAACAUUAACGCUGCCUCAAAAAUUUAUUCCUUAUACAAAUAAAUGUUUAAGACCAUAUAAUUUAAAGAUUGUACCGAAUCAUUUGAGUAAAUCACGUUUAUUACAGUUUUUACCUCAUAAGCUUUUUACAAGACCGAAUUUAGGUGAAGGAGGUAUUCGUUUAGUUAUUCUUGGCAAAGGUUUUGAUAGGAAUUUUUGUGAGGGAUGGGAAAUUUUUAGACAAGAGUAUUGGAUUACUGAACAGAAUCGAAUGAUUCAAAAAAAAGAAAAAAAAAUGAAAGAAACUCCAUGUAAAAAGGAUAAUAAGUUGAAAAAGAAGAAAGAAUAAGGUUUUUUUUUAAAAAAAGGUGUAUUUUAAAUCAACUUAUUAUUAUCUUUUUUUUAUUGGAUAUAUUGGUUUAUACGUAGGUGUAUACUUUCAUACUAAUGAAACAAUAUACAUAGAAAGAUAAAUAAUUUGGAUUGAUAUCGAUUUUAUAUCGAUUAAGGUGCCUCGAUCAAAAUUUUUUAUAUUUAUAUUCAUGAUAGAGAUAAAUAAUAAGUAUUAUCUUUGUCAUUUAGUGGACUAUACGAUUAUUUUUCUUACAAUAUUUCAUUUUUUUUUUGGAAUAUGGAUGAUUUUUCAUUUUAUUUAUGAUAUAAUUACAUUUAAAUCAGUUAUAACAAAAAAAAUAGAUAGAAAAAUCGUAGUGAUUACAGGAG